UAGAGCUGUUCUGAUAGGGCUGCGUCCCAAACCGCGUGUUAAAUCAGUGCAUGCAUUAGUAGUGCAUUAGGCUGGGUAGUGUAACAGAUUGAUACCCGGUCUGUCUGUGCGAAUAAGUGGGUGAGGAAGAUGAUGUGAUUUAUAAUGCCAACGCUAACUAAAGGGGAGUGUAGGGCGGCGCGUGCGCACUGCGCGGUUCACGGCACCGGGCGUCACACCGCAGCGGCUGCAGAUUUUUUUUUUUUCCCACCUCUCUCUCUCUCUCUCUCUCUCUCUCUCUCUCUCUCUCUCUCAGUCAGAAAGAUAGAAGACGAUCAGCAAGAGAAACGGAGGAGGGCCCACGAGAUCGGAGCAAGAGGAUGGAUAAAGUGUGAGCAGCCUGGAAUAAAAACAUAGGGAAGGACGGACAUAUUGAUCUGGAUCGUAUUUCCGGGCUGCAGAUGCGCGCUGGAAAAGACGCUCCUCUUGAAUGGGAUUUUAAUCCCGCGGUUGUUAUUCAUGUGCUCUUCCCGUCGAUGAUGGAUGAGCGGAACUGAAUCGGAGUCGUGCAUCACUCAGGAUGGAUGAGAGAGGAGGCUGAAGUGCGUCCCACCGUGUGUGCGCUCGCUUCCGAUCGCUCCGGACUUCGUUCUACGAACGCUGGUAUGAUGGAAAGCGCCGAUGGCUCGAGCAGCGACGCCAAACCGCAAAGCCAGCCGCUGGAGAAGAAGAGGUUAAACCGUGCACCGUCUCCGGCAAGACCUUUCCUUAAGGAUGGCCACUCCAGAGGUCUGAAAUCCACCGCGCUUAAAUCCCCCAAACUCAACAAGCAGCAUCUUCAUCAUCAGCCGCAGCAGCAGCAGCAGCAGCCCGCGGCGUCCUUCACUGCACACAGCCGCUCGGUGAGACGCACCGCGACCGGCACGAAGGACAAACCGACGCCCGUGAAAAGCGUCGCCAAAUCCUUCGCGACUAAAAAGGCCUCAAAGGUCACGCUAACGAAACCGGGGAGCGGUAAAGCAGCGGAUGCCAUCCCCCGACUUCCCAAAAGCGCAAAGGGAAAGCUGAUACCUCCUGUCCCGCGCGCUCCUCUGGCCCACGGUUCCGACUCGCCGGUGCGCGUUCCCACGGGGCGCCUCGCUCAGACCGACAGCAGCUCGGAUUUGUCUGACUGUCCAUCCGAACCGCUGUCCGACGAGCAACGCCUCGCUCAGGCCGCCAGCAGCGAUGCCGAGUCGGGAGCCGGGUCUGGAUCUAGUGAGCGCGGACACGCGGCUGCAGAUGAAGCCGCUGAGCCCGGCGCUGUCGGGGCCUCCGGUGGAGCGCGGCUGCAUGUCCAGAGAGCGGACAUCACCGCGGCUCAGGCUCAGGCUUCACCUGCGAGAGAGAAAGUCAAGCCGGAAAAACAGAUCCAACCGGAGAGCGUUAAAGAACUCACAGAGGAGGAUCUGCUAAGGGAAAUUGAAGAUCUUCGCUCAGAAAACGACUACCUCAAGGACGAAGUGGACGAGCUGCGUGCUGAGAUGGAGGAGAUCAGGGACAACUACCUGGAAGAGGAGGUGUAUCAGCUGCAGGAGCUGCGCAGGGAGUUAGAUCGCUCCAACAAGAACUGCCGCAUAUUUCAAUACCGGCUUCGCAAGGCAGAGCAGAAAAGCCUGCGAGUGGCCCAAACAGGCCAUGUGGAUGGAGAACUGCUUCGUAACCUAGAGCAGGACCUCAAGGUGGCCAAAGACGUCUCGGUGCGUUUACACAACGAGCUGGAGAGCGUGGAGGACAAGCGCACACGGGCGGAGGACGAGAAUGAGAUGCUCAGGCAGAAGAUCAUUGAGGUGGAGAUUUCCAAGCAGGCUCUGCACAACGAGCUGGAGAAAGCCAAAGAGAUGGCUGCAAGGAGACGAGGGAGCCGGGAAACAUUUAAGGACAAGAAAUCUCUUUCUCAGGAGGACAGUGCCGAUCUGCGAUGUCAGCUGCAGUUCUCUAAAGAAGAAUCAGCCCUCAUGCGUAAGAAGAUGGCCAAACUUGGCCGAGAAAAAGAUGAGCUGGAGCAAGAGCUGCAGAAGUAUAAAUCUGUGUACGGGGACGUGGACAGCCCCUUGCCCCUGGCAGAGGCACCGGGUGGUGGGCCUCACAGCACACGUGAAGCCGAACUCCGGCUACGCCUCAAGCUUGUAGAGGAGGAGGCCAAUAUUCUGGGCCGGAAGAUUGUGGAGCUCGAAGUGGAGAACCGAGGCUUACGGGCUGAAAAUGAGGAUCUGCGCUGCCAGUAUGAACGCGAUUGCUUUGGCCGCGAACCUUUCUCCAGUGUGCCUACGUCUCCAUUUGGUACAGAUGCCCCAGAGUCUGCCAGUGAGAUGCGACGCCACUUGCAGUUUGUGGAGGAGGAGGCCGAGCUGCUACGCCGAUCUAUUUCCGAGAUCGAGGACCGCAACAAGCAGCUGACCACCGAACUCAAUCGCUUUAAAUUCGGCGUUUUGGAUGGUGAGCCUGAGGACGUUGAAGGAGGAGGUGCUUUAGCCAUGCUGAAGCCUGGAAACAGUGGUGCAAGCAUGUCAAUGAGCGGCAUAGUGUCCCUGCAGGAGGAGCUGAAAACUGCCCGGAUGCAAAUUAACGAACUGAGCGGGAAGGUGAUGAAGCUGCAGUAUGAGAACCGCGUACUGAUCUCAAACAUGCAACGGUGCGACCUGGCUGCACACCUGGGUCUUCAUUCUGCAAGUCCUCGUGACAGUGAUGCCGACAGCGAUGCUGGUCGCCGGGAUGCUGAGGAGGAAGAGACAGGACGACUCUUAAUGCUCCACCCCAAACGAGAAGGUCCAGUGGGUGGAGAGAGUGACUCUGAGGACCUGUUUGAGAAGACAGCCACCUCGGGUUUUGGGAGUGCUGGAAAGGGGUCGGAUAUAGGUGAGCUCGGAGGGGUGGAACUUACAAAGCGGAGACGGGAGGACCGUGAGAUGCUCAGUGGUAUUAAACGAGAGGCCGAAAGGCUGGGAAAGACGGUGGAAAGGCUGAUCUCAGACACAAACAGUCUGAUCUGUGAGGGACGUCUUGUUGUGACCGGAGCCGACUCCUUGGGGGAGGUUUCUGACUUCAGGGGUGACGGAGACUCAGCUGAACCUAAGCCAGACUUUCAGGUGCUAGAUGCCAUCAAUACUCGCAUGCGGACAUUCCGGGCAGAGCUUUAUGCCUUCAUGGAAAAAGUAGAACACCUUGGCGAAGGCCUGAGGGACCGCAGUGAUGAUCUUUCACCAAUGCCAAAUCUCACUGAGUCGAGCAGCUUUUUGUCAACUGUCACAUCCAUGUCUCGUGACUCGCCUAUUGGAACUCUGGGAAGGGACCUCUCGACAGAUUUUCAGUCCGGCCGGAGGCAAGAGUUCGAGUGGUCCCUAGGCCGGCGGAACGGCCCGGAGGCGCCUGCGCUCAGUAGAUACGGCAGGCCGCACAGUGUCAGAGCCGAGUUCCGGGAGCCGAGCUUGUCUGAAGUGGGCACUCCUGCCAGGGAGGCACCGUUCUGUCUGGAUCUCGACAGGAGGAUGAGAGCAGGACAGGAAGAGAGAGACAACCUAGCAUCCUCAAUCACUCAGGAAGAAGAGCUGAGGCAUCUGGAGGCACGUCGAGGUCUGGAGCUGCAGGGUCUACAGUCACAUGAGCCUGCGUGGCCACAGGAAAGAGCUUCACUGCAACAGGAAGUGCGCCUGUUCCGUCAGAACGCCAUCAUCGUCUACAUGAAGCUGCGCUGGAUCCUCAUGCACUGGCGGCUCGGGCGCAGGACAGACGCAGAUGAGGAGGGAGCCGAGUACGAACGAUUGGAAAGCAUCCCAGAGGCUGGUAGGGCAAGGGAACAUGGUGAGGAAGACACCGAGCAGGAGGACAAAGUGUGUCCCCCAGCUAUGUGGGGAGACAUCCUUGACCCUGGAUCACUUAUGCUGUCCCCAGAUAAACUCCACUAUCAGAAGCAGGUGGGUGACAGUAGACAGGUUCUUCAUGCCCUACGUUCUCUGUUGGAGGAGUUGAGGGCGGAGCUACGGGAGGAGGCUCAAAGAUGCUGUCAGUUGCAGCAGACUCUGGCCAAUGAGAAAGCAGCAUGGGAGAUACAGCGUGCUGAGAUGAAGAGCCGCAUAGCACAGCUGGAGGAGUCAAAAGGAGCAGCGCUAGUAGGGGGAACGGACACUUUGUGGCAGGAGAGAGAGAGGGAGCAGGAAAGGGAGCGUGAGGAGCAGAAGAGGCUUCUGGCCGAUAGCCAUGGUGUGGCUCUGGAGCUGCGCUGGAAGCUGCGACAUGGCGAGCGGCGAUGGACCAGGGAGAGGAACGAACUGCUGGAGAGCUUUGAGAGGGAGAGACAGGAGCGGGACCGCAAUGUACAAGACCUAUGGCGCAAGAUGGAGAAGAUGCAGCGGGAAAUACCUCUCCGCCAUUCUGAAGGAGGGACACCGCGUGUUUUUUCUCCUCAGGACAGUCCCUGUAAAGUCCCCAGAUCACCACGCUCCACUCGUGGAGCUCCAUGUGCGGUGUCCCGUUCCCAUUCGGACUCGGAGGCCACCCUGGAAGAGAGGGCACGGCCCAGUGAGAGCCUCUUCCUUGAUGCUCUGUCUCUGGAUCCACCCAAUGAGGCUGAGGUUCCUCCUUCAUCCAGGCUGGAAAGUGAGAAGAGGUUCCCCUGUCUCAAUGAAGCACUAAAUGAGAUCUCAGAGCAAGCAGAUCCAGUACUGUAUCCAGAAGAGGAAAUGACCAGUGGCAGCCUGCUCAGGGCAAAAUCAGUCUGCUCUAUGAGUGACUUCCAGCGAUUGAUGGAUAGCUCACCCUUCCUGCCAGACAAGAGCAAGUCAGGUGAAUGUGGACGGGAUGAGGUGACUCCACCCUUAUCUCCGGACGACCUCAAAUAUAUCGAGGAGUUUAAUAGCAAGGGUUGGGAUCUCUCCAAAUCCCCAUUGUCCUCCUGCCCAAUCCCUGGCCCUGUGCUGCCCCCACAGGUAGUGGAGGCAUGGGUGGAACGGGCAGAUACCCACAGACCUAUCCCUUUGUCGUCAGACACAUUUCAACCAGCCGCAUGGUACUUGACCACAAGUGCCACACUAACUACCAAUACCACAAGCAGCCUGGAGCACUGUCAGCGUCUGGCUGCAAGGGGCUCCCCAGUGCCUGACCACUUUGGUGUGCGUGUCCUCCAUAGCCCCACUCGGGCAGAGAGGUUAAACCCAGGACCGUUAGAUCAGGAGUAUGCAUUAUCCAGAAUAAACAAAGAAAAUGAAGGGGAGGACAUUUUUGGAGGAAGGUGGCCAUGUGACUUUAGACAUUUAGAAGGUGGUGAGCAUGCAACUCUGUGUACUGCAAUGGGAUACACAUCCUCGCUUGAGCUAGAGCUUUCUCGGAAUCUCAGCGAUGACAUGAAGGAAGUGGCAUUUUCAGUUCGGAAUGCCAUCCGCUCCAGUACAACAACCGGAACCAGUCCUGCCGACCAGCAAAUGCGUGAUGCAGCAUGCCAGACCAAUGGCUCAAUGACACGUGGCACGCAAACCAUACAGGGUGUAAAUGUGGCACUGCAGACCAUCACCAGCAGCCCUCGUCGCUGCCUCACUCCAGUUUCCUCUCCCUCGCGUAGCCUCAGGAAGGCACAGUACUCACCUGCCACGCAAGCCAAAUUCGAACGGUCAUGUUGUUCCCCAAAAUAUGGAUCACCAAAGCUCCAGCGCAAGCCCUCCUGUACCAAUACUGUGCCGGGAAAAUCAGAACCCCCUGCCAGCUCACCCAGAGCACCAACGCCCACUUCUCAGUCUCUGAAGGGCAACAGUGAGUCAGCAUGGGCACGUUCCACCACCACUCGAGACAGCCCUGUUCACACCACCAUCAAUGAUGGCCUCUCCAGCCUAUUCAACAUCAUUGACCAUACCCCAGUAACUUUUGACACAGCACAGAAGUUCAACAAGUCACCCAGUCGCUCCAGGCCUAAUGAAAGUGCGUCUGCAGGUGCUUCAGACCCUAAGGCAGUCAAUUAUGGCACACCGCAGGACCUCGCCAGGCCCCCCAGGGGUCGCUCGCCCAGCCCUAUCCAGCUCAUAGUGGAAUUACAGGGUGAGAAGAACCCAGAAACAAUUAGCAUCAGGCAAGACUUGUCCGCUCCACCGGGUUAUACAAUAGCAGAGAAUGCAGCACGGAUACUGAAUAAAAAAAUGUUGGAGCAGGGCCUCAGGGAAGAGAAGAAACAAGGUUCAGCUACGGCAGCACAGAGCAAAACAGGAGAAGCAGACAAGCCUGGAUGUAUUGAGGACCUUCCCCGAUCGCCUGUGGCCCCGCCCCUGGACUCCUGUUUCCUGCGCCCGGCGCGUCCUGCCAAUCGCCGCCCUCCCUCUCGCUGGGCCGCGCGAUCUCCUUCUACUUCACCCAACUACAGAGACCACACAGAAAAGUUCCUUUUCCCUUCACCCCUCAGAUCUGCUCAAACGAUCCCAGAGCCAGAGGAGUCCUGUCAGGAACUACCUCAGCACACAGUCUGAGGAGAUCCUGCACCAGCCAAGCCUGCUCACUGCUCAAUCCUCUCCUCUUUUCUUUUUCAAUACUCUUCUAUCCAUCUUCACCUCUUUUGCAAUUGCCUCUAGACUUCCGGAUUGUUCUCUUCAGAUCUGUCCGGUUAUCAUGUGUCCUUCUCAUCUCCUUGCCUGUCAUAUUUUUUUCUGUUUUCUUCCCAUCUCCUGUUCAAUCUAUUCUUCCUCUCUGUUUUUUCUUUUCAAGCCCUCUUCUAUCAUUUCAUCUUCACUUCCUGUUCUUUGUGUUUUCUCUUAAUUAUUUCUCUCAUAAUUUCUGCUAAUCUUAUUUGUCCUUCAGUAUUUGCUUUUCUCUCUCCUACCUUCCUUCUCUACUUAAUAUCCUCUCAUCUAGAUUAUUUACUUUUGCCCUCCACCUCUUUUUCUUUGCUCCUCACAUUCUUGUUUUUGCUUUGCUCCUUCUUGUCUUUUCAUCUUUUCUGUUCAUCGUGUUUUCCUUAUCAUCUUUACAUUUUUUUAUAUAUAUAAAAAUAUAUUCUCUGCACAUUCUCCUCUUCCUUGUCAUUAUCUCCUCUCAUACUCUACUUCUCCUCCACUAACUCAUAUUCACCCCUAUUUUGUUUUCUCCUUCACUUUCUCUUUUGUUACCGUACUCCUCCGUUCCUCCCCUUUUUUGCCUUCCCAUCUUCCGCCUCUCCUCUUUUCUCCUCUUCCGUCUUUUUUUCUCCUUAAAUCCAGCCUGACCACACAAGCACCACCAGAGUGUUGAAACAUUCUAGCCCUUCACGCCCUUCACAUCCUCGGGGAUGAGAGAAGGACGCCGUUCCUCGAGCACCAGCCGACAAGCAACAACCUUCUAGUACUUUCUGUGAGAAUUCAAGGACCUCGAAUGUACUGAAGCAAAACAACACAACCUACUCCAUCAGAGGUGCCUAAACUAAACACACUUGAUAUCUCAAUGGUCCCAUAUACAUGUGUCUCUGUGUAUAUGCAAUACGUAAAAAUUUAUAUGUGUUGUUUUUUGUUUUUUUUAUAUUCUGGGGAAAAAAAACGGAUAAAUGAAUUUGUCUCAAUGUUUACAUGUUGAAUUCAAAUUUUAUUUUCGUUUAAUUUUCUGGGUUUUGUUUAAUUUUGCUUGUGGCUUCACUUUAUUUAAAUAUCCACAAAAAGACGUUUUAUUUAUUUUAUAUACUGGGGAAAUAAAAAAAAAAAAAGCGACAGAAGAACAGAAAUCCGUGUCAGGGAACUAUGAAACAUGAUGUCAACCACACUGACGUGUUUAUUUACGCCAAAUUUAAAGCUGAAUGUUUCAAUGCACCACAAAGGGAAGGUCACUGGCAACUGAUUAUCCUUAUGCAUAUUUUCCUGCAUAAUUUGAUCUGCAUGCCUUUUGAACCAUAGCACUUUAGUGCAUGAUAUUAAAUACGCUGUUGUACCUUGUGCUAUAUCUCUAUAAGACAGCCCUAUAUACAAACUCUCUCUCACACACACACACACACACACACACACUUAGAAACGACUGUCCACGGUGUGUAAUUUUGUUACCAUCAAAUUUACACAGGUUAGACCACUUUUUAAGUCGCUUAUUGUACCUAUUGCCCUGUCUUUGUAUAGCUGUUAAUAUAUUUACAUUCUUUUCUUUAAUUUAAAGGAUAAAAAUGGGAUUGUAAAAAUCUAUAUAUAUGAUGAAUGUUUUAAAUUAUAAGUUAUUGUCUGAAGUCUUAUGAAAUUAAGUCUGUUUAAUUGGUAAUAAAAAUGAAUGUUUAUUUA